AUGGCAGAAAAGAAGGAGCUGAAGUUGGAAGCAAUAAGGAAAGACAUCGUGGCUCAAAGAAACAGAAGCUAUAGCACAACAAAUGAUGCUCUAAACGCACCGUUUCACUUAAACACAGCACAAAGGCAGCAUAUCGAGCAUCGUCAUUCCCUUCACCAUUUGGCCUUGCAUAACGGGAAUAAAGAGAUGGUGCUUCGUCUCCUGGAAAUGGAUAAAGAUCUUGUUCGUGUGAAAGGGAAGGAGGGCUACACUCCUUUGCAUUGUGUAAUCAAAGAAGGAAACAUUGAUCGUUUGGCCAAAUUUUUUGAGGAUUGCCCUGUGUGUAUCUUUGAUGUGACAAUUGAAAACCAGACUGCUUUCCACAUCGCAGUGGAAAACAAUAGAGUAGAUGCUCUCCAUACCUUAUUCCGGAUGCUUAAGAAGACUGACUAUUGUGAGGACGUGGUGAACUGGAAAGACAGGGCUGGCAACACUGCCUUGCACAGAGCUGCGGCCAAUAAUCAUCCCCAGAUGCUGAAACUACUAUUAGCAAGCAAGGCUGAUAAAAAUGUGACCAAUCAGGCUGGUUUAACGGCUCUGGAUAUCACACGGCCGAAAGUUAACAACGGAGAGAGCGUUAAUAUACUUCAUGUUUGCUCAUUUCCCGGAGUUUCAACUUUAGGUAACUUGUGGCAAGCAAUUGUCAAGAUUUUAACAAAGCAAUCAGCGGAAUUAUUCCAGGAUAUGGAUAGCAUAUCAAGCGAGGACCGCAACGCUUUAUUAGUAAUAUUAGGACUGCUAUUAACAGCCACCUACCAAGCAAUUCUUAGCCCGCCUGGUGGAGUUUGGCAAGCUGAAGGUUCCGGUACUCCUGUGGGAGGUUGGACUCUUUUUCCCAGAAAUCUGGUGGGAAAAUCAGUCUUGGGUUCAAUUGAAUUUCUUGUUUUCUAUCUUACAAUCUGUGCAGUCUUUAUAGGGGCGUUUGUCCUAACCCUGGGCCUCCUUAAACCUUUUCCCCGAGAUUUCAGUGCUGCUCUUCAGAUAUUAUUGGCAUUUUUUUGCUAUAUGCUUUCAAAUGUCAAUAUUUGUCAUAUCUCCAGAUUAUUUUUCCGUCCCCAUAGUUAUCAGCCUGUUUUCCAGUUUGUCCUUUGUUACAAUGAUGUCCAUGUGCAGUGCUUCCCGGGUAUCGAAAAUUAG